CAAAAGCAAAAGCAAAAGAAAAAGCAAAAGAAAAAGGAGCCGAGCGAGAGCAGAAGAGCGCAUGCAAGAAGACUCAAUUUUUCUUUCAGCUCACCUGAGCACCGGAGCUUUGCGCCGACAGAUGUGUGUGUCGCCAUGCUGUGGACGCUGCCGGUACUGCUACUGUCUGUUCGCUUGGCCGUUGGUUGGAGCGCGUCCGGUGACGUCAUCUCUCCAGUCUUCAACAACGGUGGUGGCAUGCAGAGGUUGCCUGACGCCAUCAUCAUUGGCGUGCGAAAAGGAGGAACCAGAGCUCUUCUGGAAAUGCUCAACCUACACCCCGAUGUAGAAGUGGCAAAGGCAGAGGUGCACUACUUCAACGUGGAGGAUCACUACAAGCGAGGCCUUGCCUGGUACCGCUCCCAGAUGCCCUUCACCAGGACCGGCCAGUUGACGUUGGAGAAGACCCCCGGCUACUUUGCCGCGCCCCAGGUUCCGUCUCGGAUCUGGGCCAUGAACCCCGGCACUCUCCUGCUGUUGAUUGUGCGAGACCCGGCCGAGAGGCUGGUGUCUGACUACACGCAGGUCCUGCACAACCGUCUGGCCCGCCAAAAACCCUACCAACGUCUGGAGGAGCUUCUACUCCACGAGGGCCAGGUGGACGCCAGCUACAAGGCCCUCCAGAGGAGCCUCUACCACAGGCACCUGGCCCGCUGGCUGGAGGUCUUCUCCAAGGAACAGAUCCACGUGGUGGACGGCGACGCCCUGGUCCGCGACCCCUACCCCGAGCUGAGACGGGCUGAGCGCUUCCUGGGGCUACCGGCCCGCAUCGGCCCGGAGAACUUCCACUACAACAGCACCAAGGGCUUCUACUGCCUCCUGGAGGCUGGACGGGAAAAGUGCCUGGACCAGUCUAAAGGGCGGCCUCACGCGCCGCUUGGUGGACUCGCCUUCAGGAAGCUCUGCCAAUACUUGGCGGAGCCAAACCGCCUGUUCUUCAACAUGGUGGGCAGAACUUUCUCCUGGUGCUGAGGACACAAAGAAUCACCCACCUUCCACACUGUGUGUUGUUGACCCAAAAAGAAGAUGAAGGAAGUGACUUAAUAACUAUGCUGGUGCCUCCAUGGAUAUUUAAAUAAAAAAUAAUAACUUAGCAUUUUAUAAAAAUAAAAUAAAAAAGAAGCAAAAAGGCAGCUGGAAUUUGAUAUAAAAAAAAAUACUAGGCCGCUAACGCUUGACAACACAAUUAGCAUUUUCUUACAUGCAAAAAAUGUGGCUAUUUAAAAUAAUUCAAGCAUGCCAGUACAGGUGGACAACCUUAGAUUUUUUAUUUUCAAUUAAAUAAGUGACAUCCCUUUUGCGGAAAAAAAAAACAUGUUAAAAUAACUUGCACUAUGAAUUUUUCUAAAAUGUAAAUCAAAAUUACAGAUGAAACAUUUACAAGAUGUUUGGAUUAGCAAAGCAUUUCUUUUUUUUUUUUUGUUACAUUAGGUUGAAUGUUAAGUGUAAAUAUCAUUUUUUAGAUUCACCAGAAAUGUAUUGCGACUAGUUUUUUGUGUUGUCUUUAUCGAAUCAAAUACAUUUUCAUUGAUCAUCAUCUUGGGGUGACGUUACUGUUGUCGACGCUUACUUAAACCCCACCAAAAUGUUUAAAUACAGAAUUAUCAAUGCCAUCAUUUAAUUUGUUUUAAAUUCCAAUCAUCAUGCUUUCCAUAUUGCUCAAAACUUAUCAUAUAAAUUGGUCAAAUUGUGACAAAUUCAAAUUGUCUCACUCAAAGACAACAAAACAUUUACUUGGUUGUGUUAUUUUACAUUUGAUGUGCGGACAGGCACAUCGCAGUCCUAACUAUUUGUAUAUAAAGAAAAGAAAAAAAAAAGUCAUAAUAUGUCCACUUAAAGAGCGUCUAUUAAUCAGAAGACGUUUCAAACUGAAGU